GAAUAAAAUAUCAAAAAUUACCCAAACCUCCCUCUACAACACAUUUACUCACUGUUGAGAACCUGGAACUGGAAACGCACACCCGCCGCCCCGCCAUUUCCUUUGCCACUGCGUGGCGCUGCUGCUCUUUCUCAGUCCCGUAGGUGUCUUGCCGCUGUAGCCCUUUCAUCGCAGCUCUGCUCUCUCGAUUCUGCUCCUGUCUCGGCGCUUCCGCCCCUCCUCCGUCGCCGCUGCUUCUGUAUCUUACGGUCCCGACGCAGCUCCAACUCUUGAAUACACCUCCAUCUCAACAUACGCCAGCUCCCUCUCCUGCUUCGUCUUCGAUUUGGCAUCCGACUUAAAGUACUGCAGUUCAUACCAUCUCUUUGUAUUCAGUCACAUAAAGGCAUUUCUGAGUAUAUGAUGCAUAAGAAUAGAUUACAAGAGUAUACACAAAGAUCAUCCUUGCAACUUCCAAUAUAUUCUACCAUCAAUGAAGGGUAUCAACAUGCACCAAAGUUUAGAUCAACUGUGUUGGUGGAUGGAGUGCAAUACACUUCUCCGAACACUUUUUUGCAUAGGAAGGAAGCAGAACAAGAUGUUGCAAGACUUGCAUUUUCAUGCAUAGUUAAAAAGAUAAAGGAUGAAGGAUGCCCACUUGUUCGUGAGGAUACAGUGUUUUGUAAGUCCAUCUUAAAUGAAUUUGCUAGUAAGAUGCAACUGCAAAAGCCUACAUACAACACUUGGCAACCACAAGGGCUGCUUCCAGUUUUUUUAUCUUCUUUGAUUUUUAAUGGCUUAACUUAUACUGGUGAGAUUGGUAGAACCAAGAAAGAGGCUGAACAAUUGGCAGCCCGUGCUGUAAUUCUCUCUCUUAUGGGGAGUUCUGAGUUGGGGACAAUUAUUUCUGAAAUUGUGAAGUCUAAAGGCAAAUUAUAUGCUGCAUUGCAUAAACUUAAGGACUCAAACCAUACCCAAGGUGGCAUUGUACCUAUCUUGAGUGAGGGUAAAGAAGAUGGAGCUGUCACAGUUAGUAAUAAUGUGAAAAGUGUGAUUCCACAGGCAGUUUCAGUGAUGCAUCCUCCCCACCAUGAAUUUGUCAUACCAAAACUAGAACCAGUACCAGUACCAACCUGUGAACCAAAUGAACUUCCAGUUGCAUUUGUGCGUCCAGUUAUAGGACAAUCUUUGGAUGCUGGUUCUAGUUCUGGGAAAAAACGGAAAAAGAACAAGAAAAAGGCCAACAAGAAAGUUCGAACUGAAUCCAAGUCAGCCAUUGCUGCAAUGCCUUUGAGUCAAGCCUCACCUCAUCCAGUAGCUUCGUGAAAAGCCCACACUUCUAUGGUUUUGUUGGCUGUAGCUGAAACCUCUCUUGGAUAUUUGUAGUUAAAUCUCUCCUUGUGUGUGUUUUGUUCUUUUGUGCUAAAAAUUGACAAAGUCUGAUGUGGAUGGAAUCCUAACGAUGUAUGGACAUGAGCAAAAUUUUAACCAUGUAAGUUUUUCUUUGAUUUUUAAUGUAUUGUUCAUCAAAAUUA